AUGUCAAAAAGAUCAGCUGAAGAUGAUUUAAGUGGCAAUAGAUCCACCAGUCAUACUGCCAUUAAAACUAAUAAAGAUUCUCUUCCAACUACUACAAAUGGAAAGGAAGAAGAACCAGACAAUAUGGAUAUUGGGGAAUUUGAAGAUCCAUACGGUGAUGAAUUUGAAAGUGAUGAAGAAAUUAUAGAAUUAGACGAUAACAAUGAUGAAGAAGAUGAUGAAAUGAUUGAUGAAAAUUCAACACAAGCCAAAAUUGAAGAAUUAGAAGCCAAAGAACAAGAACAAGAACAACAAUCAUCAAUAUAUUUACCUCAUAAAUCAAAACCAUUAGGACCAGAUGAAGUCUUAGAAGCCGAUCCAACAGUCUAUGAAAUGUUGCAUAAUAUCAAUUUACCAUGGCCAUGUUUGACUGUUGAUAUUUUACCAGAUUCUUUAGGUAAUGAAAGAAGAUCAUAUCCAGCAACAGUUUAUUUAGCUACUGCGACUCAAGCUGCUAAAGCCAAAGAUAAUGAAUUGUUAGCUAUGAAAGCAUCUUCAUUGGCCAAAACAUUAGUUAAAGAUGAAAAUGAAGAAGAUGAGGAAGAUGAAGACGAUGACGAUGAUGUUGAUAGUGAUCCAAUAUUAGAUUCAGAAUCUAUUCCAUUAAGACAUACUACAAAUAGAAUAAGAGUAAGCCCUCAUGCUCAACAAACUGGGGAAUACUUAACUGCUUCAAUGUCAGAAAAUGGUGAAGUUUAUAUAUUUGAUUUACUGGCACAAUAUAAGGCAUUUGACACACCAGGUUAUAUGAUUCCUAAAUCAUCGAAAAGACCAAUUCAUACUAUUCGUGCCCAUGGGAAUGUUGAAGGUUAUGGAUUAGAUUGGUCUCCAUUAGUAAAUACAGGGGCUUUAUUAUCUGGAGAUAUGUCAGGGAGAAUUUAUUUAACUAAUAGAACGACAUCAAGUUGGACCACUGAUAAAACUCCAUUUUUUGCAUCACAAUCUUCAAUUGAAGAUAUUCAAUGGUCAACUGGUGAAACUACAGUGUUUGCCACGGGUGGAUGUGAUGGAUAUAUUUGUAUUUGGGAUACAAGAUCGAAAAAACAUAAACCUGCAUUAUCAGUAAUUGCUUCUAAAUCUGAUGUUAAUGUGAUAUCUUGGAGUUCUAAAAUCAAUCAUUUAUUGGCAUCAGGACAUGACGAUGGUAGUUGGGGUGUAUGGGAUUUAAGAAAUUUCACAAACAAUACCACCAGUAAUCCUUCACCUGUGGCUAAUUAUGAUUUCCAUAAAUCGCCAAUCACAUCAAUUUCAUUCAAUCCAUUAGAUGAAUCAAUCAUUGCUGUUUCAUCAGAAGAUAAUACUGUUACAUUAUGGGAUCUUGCUGUUGAAGCUGAUGAUGAAGAAAUUUCUCAACAAAGAAAAGAAGCUCAAGAAUUACAUGAUAUUCCACCACAAUUAUUAUUUGUCCAUUGGCAAAGAGAUGUUAAAGAUGUUAGAUGGCAUCCACAAAUUCCUGGUUGUUUGGUAUCUACUGGUGGUGAUGGAUUAAACAUUUGGAAAACUAUAUCUGUGUAA